AGUAACCUCCUGGACGUGACGUGGGGAGGUUGUGCGCUGCUCCUCUGAAAAGCAACCCACCAGCCUCUUUUGCAUUUUAUAACGAAGAUAUUUAUUAUUAGUGAAUUAUUAAGAGGAAGAUUGACUUUAAUAUCGUCUAAGGAGGAAAAUUGCAUUGAAUAAGGUGCUACGGGCGUGCCAUGGGCGUGUGUGGGCGUGUGGCGGGGGCGUGGGUGGUGGUGGCGGCGGCGGUGGUGGUGGUGGCGGCGGGUUCCACUGUCCCUAAGCGAGGCGUCAAUGAGAUCGAAGCCUUUGUGAAGAGACUCGAGUAUGAAGCAGCCAGGGAGAGGGACGGGGGAAGGUACACAGUGGAGGGGUUGGGGGGGGUGGAGGGCCUGGUGGAGGUGAAUCUGAACCUCCUCCCUGAUGAAGUAAUUGUCAAGGAAAUAGAAGAAGGAUUAGACGAAGAGUUUGCAUUAGUAGACACAUCACAAGGGGAGAAGGAAGAGGAGGGAACAGGAGGCAGGAAGAACAACACUAACAACAUGGAAAGCAGGCAGCGGUCACUGAUCUACCAGGGGGUGUAUUUGCCCGAUGCUCGCUUCAACGCCUUCGCUGACGGGGUGAUGAUCAACAUGGUGGCGGAGAUGAAGAGGAAGGAGAUGGACCCGCUGUAUUUCCGAGUGUUCCAGCGCGGUAUUAUUGAACACGUGCCUCUAAGUAGCUCCACCACGCCCUCCACCUCCACCUCCUCCACCUUCACCACCACCACCACCACCGCCGCCUCCACAUCAAGAAGAGGAAGGCAGCGUGGCGAGGCAAUAGGCGGGGGUGUCAUAAGAGGGCUAACCAAUGUGAGAAGAUUUGGCAACGCUGAGGUUCAAGUCGCUGGCAACACUACUUUGGUGCGCGGCAAGUGGCUGAUGGGACCGUUAGACCUGAUCAUUGACUUCCGCGCAGGACUCUCUAGGACACUCGGGGCAUAACAAGGGUGCGCACUGGCCUGCUGGCGGUACAGUUCGACACACUCACCUCUGUUGACCGAUUCGGCGCCCAAAUGUCUGACUUUAACAUUGUCAGGUGGGUGAAGGUUGACUAGCGUGACUGUAAGGGUGACUAGGGUGACUGGAAGAGUGAAUAAGGUGACUGACUGGCUGAAAAACUGACUGGAAGGGUGAAGGAGUGACUGGAAGGGUGAAAAGUGUGAAGAAGGGUGACUGGAAGGGUGAAACGAGUGAAUUAUUUGACUGGAAAGGUGAAGGAGUGGCAGAAAGGGUGAUUUUGGUGACUGGAAGGGUGAAAAGAAUGAAAAAGCGUGACUGGUAGGGUGGAAGAGUGACUGGAAGAGUGUUAAAGUGAAAUAGGGUGACUGGAAGGGUGAUUUGUGUGACUGACUGGCUGAAAAACUGACUGGAAGGGUGAAAAAGGGUGAAUUGUUAGACUGGAAGGGUGAAAGUGUGGCUGGAAGGGUGAAGACUGGCUGACAAAUAGGGUGAGAGAAUGUGUGUGUGUGUGUGUGUGUGUGUGUGACUGCCUGACUGACUUA